AUGCAGUCUUCCAAGACAGUUCGAAGCAGCAGUCUUGGUUCUUUUAAUUGGAAUGAAUAUCACAAUUUAGAAAGAAUCCACGCUUGGCUUGAUGAAUUACAAACAAUGUAUCCAAAUAAUGUGAAAACGGUGUCUAUUGGGAGAUCUAAUGAAGGCCGUGAAAUUAAAGGCGUGAUUAUUGACCUUAAGCCUGGUAAUAGGGGAAAUAAUCCUUUAACAGGAAUGAUUGAAGGUGGCAUUCACUCUAGAGAAUGGAUAUCACCAGCAACGGUCACUUGGAUUAUUAAAGAGUUUCUAACCAGUGAUGAUCCUGAUACUAAAUUUAUGGCGGAAACUUUUGUAUGGCAUAUAUUUCCUGUUAUUAAUCCUGAUGGCUACGUGUAUUCCUUUUUAAAUGAUCGUAUGUGGAGAAAAAAUCGUAAUCUUUUAUAUGGCACUAAUUGUACCACAAAUGACGAUCUAAGUAAUGGUAUAGAUCUUAACAGAAAUUUCGACUAUUUGUGGAUGACUGUUGGUGCUUCUUCUGAUCCAUGCACGCAGACCUACGCUGGUCCUUCUCCGGCAUCUGAACCUGAAACCCAGGCCAUAUCGAACUACUUGUUAAGUUUGAAGAGAACUGGAAAUGUUUUAUAUUAUUUCGCUUUUCAUUCAUAUUCUCAGAUGACCCUCAUACCAUAUAGCCACUUGUCUGGUAUCGACGUGCUUCAAGUCACAAACUAUGCGGAUUUGUACGAGAUAGCAAUUCGUGGAGCGGAGAAACUGACUCAGAAACACGGGACUAACUACCAGGUUGGAACUUCAGCUGAUAUUUUAUAUUCAGUAUCAGGGUCCAGCUUUGACUGGGUGAAGGGAGUAGGAGACAUUCCAAUUGUAUAUCUAUUUGAACUUCGUGAUGUCGGCGAGUACGGUUUCUUAUUACCGCCAGAACAAAUUAUACCAAACAAUGAGGAAAUCAUGGCGUGCCUUGUCGAGAUGGACAGAACGACAAGAGAACUGAGAUACUAUUCUGGCGGUCCUUCACUCUACGCUUCAUUGAUUUCAAUAAUAAUGAGUGCAGCAUUUGUAACCAUUGUUAAAUAA